UUUUUUAUAACAUGUUGCAAACUUUUAUCUCUCUCUGCGGUUUGUUCUUCCUCAAAACAUCACUGCUGCUGCAACUUUAAUUUCUUCUUCUCCUUUGUUUCCGUGUGCAAUUUUCAUUUGAAUCCACGACUGAAGAAGUAAGCGCAUGAAACUUGAAGAGGAACUGAAAUCAAAUUGGGGAUUUAGGGCUUUCAUUUGCCGAGUCUUCAAAUAAAUUAUAUUACUGCCGGUUCAGUCCGGUUCGGUUUGAUUUCUAAACCGUUAGUGGUUGUUAAUUUUAGAAAAAGCCGAAAAAUAAACCCGGAUCAGAAUCGAAAGCAAGACGACACGACAAACAACAUAGGUUUAUGAAGGGUUUUACUUUCAUGGCGGCUGCUACUACUUACCACUACUAACCCUUCAAAUCUUCCAUAGCCUCAAAUUUUCUCGGGAAAAUCCCGAAUUAUUUUCUCUUAUAUCUCAAUUUUCCAUUGCAUCACCAAAAAUGUGGUCCAAAUUAGCCAAACGAGCUUCCUCAAAGAAAUUCAAUUCAUCUUCCCAAUCAUCUACAUCACUCAGAUUUUCUGACCACCCCAAUUUUCCCGAGAAAAUUUUGCCCCAAAAAACGAAGCAUCCAGUUUUUAUUUUCAGUCAAGUUGGCAUCUUUUCAUCAGAACACAAACUGGGUCGAUCCAAUUUAUCGUUUUGUCAACACCCUUUUGGUUUUUCUUCAAUGUCAUUGAAUCACUUUAGAACUUACGGUAGUGCUGCUGCUGAAGCUAUUCAAUCAACUGAUACAGAAGAUGAUUGUUGUUCGGUAGAUCAAUUAGUGAUAGAAGAAAAGAAAAAGCCGCCUCAAUUAGAUAAACCUAAGAACAAGAAUAAUAGUUACAAGUAUAAAAUGCUUAGGAAGAGACAGAUACAGAUUGAGACUGAAGCAUGGGAAGAAGCAGCCAAAGAGUAUCAAGAAUUGUUAGAAGAUAUGCGUGAACAGAAACUUUCACCUAAUUUGCCUUAUAUGAAAUCAUUGUUUCUUGGUUGGUUUGAACCAUUGAAGAAUGCAAUUGAGGCUGAUCAAGAGCUUUGUAAAGAUAUUAGGACUAGGUUGAGUCAUGCUCCUUAUUUCAAUGAAUUGCCACCUGAUAUGAUGGCUGUUAUCACUAUGCAUAAGUUGAUGGGUUUGUUGAUGACCAAUAGUAAUGGUGUUGGUAGUACUAGAGUUAUUCAAGCUGCUUCUCAAAUAGGUGAAGCCAUUGAACAUGAGGGUAGGAUAUACCGAUUUUUGCAGAAGAAAGAGGUGAAGAAAACAACCACUGAGAAGUCUGAUAGUGAAUCUGUUCCUGCACCUGUAAACCUGACAGCUGAAGAGAAGGAGAAACUUAAGAAAGAGGAGAAAAGAAUUAGGAAAAUAGUUGCUAAUUUAAUAAAAAGGCAGAAGAAACACGAAGCUAUGGGGAUAGUUCGGGGAAGAGAUCAGGCGAAACCUUGGGGACAAGAAGCUCAAGUAAAGGUUGGUUCUCGUUUGAUACAACUGUUAAUAGAAACAGCUUACUUACAACCACCUGCCAAUCAAUUUGGAGAUGGUGAUCCACCACAUAUUUACCCUGCAUUUAAGCAUACGUUGAAGACAGUUUCAGCUAAUGCACCCAAUGGAAGGAGGAGAUAUGGCGUUAUUGAAUGUGACCCUAUAAUACAGAAGGGCCUUGAAAAAACCGCCAGGCACAUGGUUAUCCCGUACAUGCCGAUGUUGGUUCCACCGAACUCCUGGACAGGGUAUGACAAAGGAGCAUACUUGUUUUUGCCAUCAUACAUUAUGAGAAUACAUGGAGCAAAGCAGCAACGUGAUGCUGUAAAAAGGGCUCCCAAGAACCAACUUGACCCUGUUUUUGAGGCCCUUAAUACCCUUGGCGCUAUCAAAUGGAGGGUGAACAAAAGUGUACUCAGCGUGAUUGAUCAAAUAUGGGCUAAUGGAGGCCGCCUGGCUGGCUUAGUGGAUCGUGAUGAUCUUCCCCUCCCAGAGGAACCAGACACAGAAGAUGAAGCAGAAAUCCGAAAAUGGAAGUGGAAAGUUAAAAAUGACAAAAAGAAGAAUAAUGAGAGACAUUCACAGCGAUGUGAUAUAGAACUUAAACUUGCUGUUGCACGAAAGAUGAAAGAAGAAGAAUGCUUCUACUUUCCUCACAAUCUUGAUUUCCGAGGGCGUGCUUAUCCUAUGCACCCAUAUUUGAACCAUCUUGGCUCUGACCUAUGUCGAGGCAUACUUGAGUUUGCAGAGGGACGUCCUCUGGGGAAGUCAGGCUUGCGUUGGUUGAAAAUACAUCUGGCAAAUUUGUAUGCUGUUGGUGGUGUGGACAAGUUAAGUUUUGAUGGUCGAAUAGCAUUCACUGAGAAGCACCUCGAUGAUAUUUUCGAUUCGGCAGACAGGCCUCUUGAAGGAAAGCAGUGGUGGUUGGAAGCAGAGGAUCCUUUUCAGUGCUUGGCAGCAUGUAUCAAUCUCGCUGAAGCGUUGAGAAGCCCCACUCCUGAGACUACCCUUUCUCAUAUGCCUGUACACCAGGAUGGUUCAUGCAAUGGCUUACAACACUAUGCAGCACUUGGUAGAGACAUGUUGGGAGCUACUUCAGUCAAUCUUGUUGGUGGAGACCAGCCUGCUGAUGUUUACUCAGAUAUUGCCGCCAGAGUACUUGAAAUCAUGAAAUAUGAUGCAUUGAAAGAUCCCAAAUCUUAUCCACACGCAUUGCAUGCUAGACGUUUGAUCAGCCAGGUGGACCGAAAAUUGGUGAAGCAGACAGUGAUGACAUCGGUCUAUGGAGUGACAUAUAUUGGGGCCCGAGACCAGAUUAAGAGGAAGCUUAAGGAGCGUCGUGUGUUUGAGGAUGAUAAUGAUCUGUUUGCUGCUUCCUGCUAUGCUGCAAAAAUCACUGGCAACGCCUUAGAAGAGGUGUUUGAGGAUGCAAAACAUAUUAUGAAUUGGCUAGGCGAAUGUGCAAAGGUGAUAGCUUCCACAAACCAAGCAGUGCGAUGGGUCACUCCCCUUGGGCUUCCUGUAGUACAGCCUUACCGAGAAUUUGGAAGACAUCUGAUCAAGACAUCCCUUCAGGUAUUGACAUUACAACGGGAGACCGAUAAGGUCAUGUUAAAAAGGCAGAGAACAGCUUUUCCUCCAAAUUUUGUUCACUCUCUUGAUGGUUGUCACAUGAUGAUGACUGCAGUUGCUUGUAAAAAAGCAGGGAUGAGCUUUGCAGGGGUGCAUGAUUCUUAUUGGACACAUGCAUGUGAUGUCGAUGAAAUGAACAAGAUACUCAGGGAAAAGUUUGUUGAACUCUAUCAGGCUCCGAUAUUAGAAAAUUUAUUGGAGUAUUUUGAGAAGACUUUUCCAGAAUUGAAGUUUCCUCCUGUACCAGAACGAGGAGAAUUCGAUCUUCAAGAAGUUUUGAAGUCUCCCUAUUUUUUCAACUAGACUGCACAAAAUCUCAUGUUCCUUAUCUAACACACUACCUACAAAUGCGAGCCAUUGGAGUUAAGUUACAAUAUGAUGAAAUUUGUAAGAUAUCUACUUUGCAUGAGAUUGCAAAAGCUCCAAGAACCAUUCAAAGCAAGAUUUCUUGGCUGGAACUGCAACUUUGUUUCCAAAGCCACUAUAAAAGAUAUGAAAAGCAAUCUUGUCAUUGAAAAGAAAGACUAAAGAGGGAUCCACAUUUGUCAUUACAGAUUGAUUUGGAAGUUUGAUUGGAUCAGUUGCAAAGCAAGAAGGUUCAGAAUAUACAGCAGCCAAUCUGUUUUUGUCCAUAUGGUUGGUGCAACAUAGACUAUAAUAAAAAGGGUUGAAGCAUUGGUAAUUAUAUAAGGUGUUUUCUCAGAUGUGAACACUAAGCUCUUGUAAAGCAGCUAAAAUUGGUUUUGCUUUUUGUAUAAGUUGUAUUUUUUUUUUGUCAAGUAGCUUAGUGGCUAGACUUUUUUUUGUCUUUUUCUGUCAUGUUACUGUAAUAUUUAUUUACAAACUUUUUCAAUUAUUUGAAAUAACAUAUAUUUAAUGUAAAUAAUACCAAUAAAAACCAUUAAUACCUGAAGUUGUCAAACCUUGUGCUGUCUUUUUUGUUUCUU